AUGUCCCUGACCUCCCUCUCCAGGUCCUGGGCUGUCUUCCCGGGUCCCGCAGGCUCCCCAGGUCCCGAGGGGCAUCAGGGCGAGAAGGGCACUAAGGGCGAGCCAGGCGCCGUGGGACCCCCUGGCAAGACCGGCCCCGUGGGGCCCCAGGGACCGGCCGGCAAGCAGGGGCCUGACGGGCUGAGAGGCAUCCCUGGCUCAGUGGGAGAACAAGGCAAGCCGGGCGCGACGGGCCAGACGGGCCCCCCUGGACCUGUGGGCCCCCCGGGGCUGCCCGGCCUCAAAGGGGACUCCGGAGCCAAAGGAGAGAAGGGCCACCCCGGUCUGAUCGGCCUGAUCGGGCCCCCGGGCGAGCAGGGAGAGAAAGGGGACCGGGGCCUGCCUGGCCCGCAGGGCUCCCUUGGGUCCAAAGGAGAGACCGGGAUCCCUGGUGCUACCAGCCCCAUCGGCCCCGCCGGGCCCCCGGGACUUCCUGGCCCGGCCGGUCCCAAGGGUGCGAAGGGAGCCACGGGACAAGCCGGCCCCAAGGGUGAGCGAGGCGUCCCCGGCCCCCCCGGACACCCGGGCCCCCCCGGGGAGGUGAUCCAGCCGCUGCCCAUCCAGCUGCCCAGGAAGAGCAAGCGGUCGAUCGACGCCAGCCAGCUGGUGGGCGAGGACGGGGAGGGGCUGGCGGCGGACGGGGCCCACGGCCACGCGGGCGGCAUGGACGAGAUCUUCGGCUCCCUCACCGCCCUCAAGCGGGAGAUCGAGCAGAUGAAGCACCCGAUGGGCACCCAGGACAACCCGGCCCGCACCUGCCAGGACCUGCGGCUCUGCCACCCCGACCUGCCCGACGGCGAGUACUGGAUCGACCCCAACGAGGGCUGCUCCCGGGACUCCUUCAAGGUGCAUUGCGACUUCACGGCUGGCGGGGAGACCUGCCUCUUCCCCACCAAAGAGACGCAGAAGGUCCAGAUGUCUGCGUGGCAGGAGGAGAAGCCCCCGCGCUGGUUCAGCCAGUUCCGGGAAGGAAGGAAGUUCUCGUAUGUGGACGCGGACGGGCGCCCGGUGGGCGCGGUGCAGCUCACCUUCCUGCGGCUGCUCAGCGUGGCCGCCCGGCAGAACUUCACCUACCACUGCCAGCGCUCGGUGGCCUGGCGCAGCGCCGCCUCCGGGGGCCACCAGUGUGCCCUCCGCCUCCGGGGCGCCAACGAGGAGGACAUGAGCUACGACAACAGCCCCUACAUCACGGCCCUCACUGACGGCUGCGUGCGGCGGAAGGGCCCGGACAGGACGGUGCUGGAGGUGAACACGCCCCGCGUGGAGCAGCUCCCCCUGCUGGACGCACACUUCACGGACUUUGGGGAGCCCAACCAGAAGUUUGGGUUUGAGGUGGGACCCGUCUGUUUCCUGGGCUAA